UCAUAGUAGCAAACAUGGCGCGCGCUUCCCUAUGCUAACAAUCUCAUAGCCAUGCAUUGAGCGCAUUGAGGACGUAAUGGAUUUUGCUUGAUGUAGGAGAUUUUGUACCGAUCUGAAGGAAAUCUGCUUCUUUUCGAUCUACGACUUCGAGGAUGAAACUGGAAAUUGAAACUUCUAAAGAUUUCACAGGUCUGUUUUGUUAACGUAUCAAAUUUGUUGUUGUCGCACUUUCCUGGCCUCGUCGAAAUCUUCGUUGUUUGUGGACUAUUUACUGUGUUGUCGUGCUGCUUAGUUCAACAGGAGCCUUCGACAAUUUUUUUUACCUCAAAUUACACAAAAGACGGAAUUGUUUUCAUUCAUUUUUCAAGGCAACUUCGGUUGGUAGUCGAACAACAAGAAUAUUUUUUAACAAAACAAUCGAUUUCACUUUUGUUGCUUCUCGGAAUAGAAAUCUCUUCGCGGAUUAAAACCAUUUCUGGCCGCGAUUUCCUCUGAAGAAGCAAAUAAUAGGAUCGAGGGAAGGAUUGUUAACGGGGACAGUGUUUUAGCAGUACUGAAGACUAUCAAGAGAACUGAACUCGCAAUGGAAGCAAACUAUCAACUAUUUAUGAAGAUUGCUUAAAUAUUACAUAUGAUAAACUGGUAGACCAUUUGUAAAGUUUCACGAUUCAAGGGAAGUGAACACUGGUGCUUAACGUUUACAAAAACAAAGAAUUGAAGCCAUCAGUAGCAACAUCUCAUCGAGAAAAUAUUUUGAAGAUUGAGUUUCCUUUUAGUCUCAGGGAUCGCUUUUGAUUCAUUUGCGAGGGCAUCUUUAUCGUUUCUCGUUUUAUCAUAGUUUGUAAACGACUGAAGACCCAUCGUAGCAAUAUUAUCAUAUUGUAUUGGACUCCAAAAGGACGGUUUAACUUCGCUGGAAGCCCUGUACACUUACUUUGCAACUCAGCCAGAUAAUCAUGGAAUUCUUCCUGUCAAACCCGCUGAUUUGGACUACAAAUAUGGUUUACUGUUGCUGGCUGCGCGCGCUAUCUGAAGGAAAUCUCUGAAAGAACCCAGCCGAUUUUAUUGGGUAACACAAACAUCGCCAGAAAAAUUUAACUUACUGCCACUUGUUUAGUUACUUUUCAAAGGAUUGUAUUCUAAGCUGGGAAUCAAGAAGCUAAUAGCAUAUGGAAGACAUUGAAGGCGAACAUAGUUAUUCAUUACGAGAAAAGCAAUCGUGGUGAAAUCCCUGUGAAUUGAUUUACUUUCUGAUGAUCAAGACACAUUCGUUGUGGUUUAAUGGCUUUUAGGACGAGGCCGUCGCAAAGAAACGAACGAAACUUAGUUUAAUGUAUAUUGAGUGCAGAAUGGCUCAAGCUGAAUUGAUAACCCAUUCCUCGAGUGCAUUUAGUUCUUUCAAUAGGCCGAAUGGAACAAUUUACUCGGGCCUUUGUACAAGUAAAAUUCAUGUUGAUUCAGCCACAAAUGUACUGAGAAGUCUUACACGAAACCUCGUGAAUACAUACAAACGAUGUGGCUUAAAAGUCCCAGAAACAAACGGGAAAAAAUCGCGGCAGAAUUCCAAAACUGCUGGGAACAGUAAUAGUGAAGGAGAUUAUAAAGUGGUUCUUCAUGAAGAGCUUAGCUCCGCAACAUCGCGGUACGAGGUUCUCGAAUUUCUCGGCCGUGGGACGUUCGGACAAGUGGUGAAAUGUUGGAAAAAAGGAACAAACGAGCUUUACGCCAUAAAAAUAUUAAAAGAUCAUCCUUCCUAUGCGCGUCAGGGACAGAUCGAGAUCGGCAUCUUAGCGAAACUGAGCGCUGAAAACUCAGAAGCUUUUAAUUUUGUUCGUGCGAUCGAAUGCUUUCAGCACAAGAAUCACACAUGCUUGGUAUUUGAGAUGUUGCAACAAAACCUUUAUGAUUACCUCAAGCAAUCCAAGUUUAAUCCUCUACCUUUGAGACACAUUCGACCGAUAGUUCAGCAAGUGCUAGUGGCUUUGUCAAAGUUAAAAUCCCUUGGACUUAUUCACGCCGAUCUAAAGCCCGAAAAUAUUAUGUUGGUUGAUCCCGAAAAACAGCCGUUUCGAGUGAAAGUAAUUGACUUCGGCUCAGCAACCCAAGUAUCCAAAGCAGUUUGUUCAUCGUAUUUACAAAGUAGAUACUACAGAGCUCCAGAGGUCAUUCUUGGUUUGCCAUUUGGGGAAGCCAUAGAUACUUGGUCACUUGGAUGUGUGAUAGCAGAAUUAUUUCUUGGUUGGCCAUUGUAUCCAGGCUCUUCUGAGUAUGAUCAGAUCCGCUACAUUUCACAGACCCAAGGUUUACCAAGUGACCAUCUCUUAAUGAAUGGCUCCAAAAGUUUGAAGUUUUUUAAAAAAGCUGUCAACACAACAACAGGGUUGUUAGAAUGGAAGAUGAAGACUGCCAGUGAACAUGAAAGGGAAACCAAAAUCAAGUCACAAGAAGCAAGGAAAUACAUUUUCAAUUGUUUGGAUGAAAUAGCACAGGUGAACCUGGCCAGCAGUGUGGUGGGGAAUGAACGUGUCGCUGAAAAGAUUGACAGGUACGAAUUUACAGAUUUGUUGAAGAGAACUCUAAUCAUCGAUCCAGACAAGAGGAUCACCCCAGAUGAAGCUCUCAGACAUCCUUUCAUCACACUGGCACGCUUGGUUGACUUUGCUCACUGCAAUACUUUUAACAUGGCAGUGAAGAGCAUGCAAGUUUGCAGAUUUAACAGAGGAAUUGCUGAACAAACCUCAUCACUACCAUCUAGUUCUUUGUUUAGUAUUCCACGAGCUUCCACAAGUUCAUAUGUCCAUCUUCCAGUGGUGCGAAGUGAAAGCAUGUUAAACCAAGAACACAUUGGUGGGCUUCCACAGCCCUCAGCUGAUCAGUUUGCACCACAGGCUGGUGCACCUGUGGCCCCUCUGCAAGCUGUGCAGUCAAACCUUCAGACAACUGCAUCAGACUUCAUUGGCUCUCACUACAUGCCACAGCAUGCUGUCCUCUGCCAACAGGACAACUCCUCACCGCAUAAACAUCUGUUUCCUCCUCAAGCAGCUCCACAGCAGUCCAGACCGGUUGUGGUAUCCAUGGCUAUUCCACAAGCAACUCUCACGUUGCCAGCCUCGUCUGGACUUUAUGCUAAAAGUGUUCCUCUUCAAACGUGGACUCAUAAGCGGUUUGGCUCUGAUCCGGCAUUACAGCUCUUACCCCACUGGACUGGUGCUGUAGGUUUGUCAACUGUACAGCCAAUCAUUCCCGAGAACCUGCAAGGAAUGGACAACCCAAGUCGACCAAUGAAUCCACCUCCAGUUGGUGCAUGGCGAGGCUCUGAUGACAAUGGUUACAUAUCAGCCGAACCCAGCCCUGGCGUCUAUCACAUUGAUGGUGAUGCAUUCGAACGUCCUCGUGAGCCUCGUCAUGUAAUCAGUCACGAGUGGUCGCGACCUGCUGGUUCAGUAUUGUUUUCUGUAAUGCCCGUGAUGCAGCAGCCAGUUGCCCCGCCACCGGUAUGGAGUGGACCUCAUAUUCCUGCAGGCUUGUUGCCAUGGCAGUUGUCAUCGAAUACGUUCCAAAAGGGCCCAAACGCUCACGUACCAAUUGGACUGUCUACUGGGCACGUUCCACUAAGACGUACGGUGUCCUCUCCGGGUAGGCGAAGGGUCAGUGAAAGGGCUUAUUUGUUCGGGGAUUUCAACCAAGUGCCGAGCCCCCUGGGAUUUGUUCGCCAGGAGAGCGAGCCCUCUGGUACAAUAGCUAAGCAGACUUCCUCGCCCAUUGAAAUCCCAGACUCCCCCUCGUCCCCGAGCGUAAUUACAGUUUCUAGUUCGAGCGAUGAAAUGGAACCAAAUUCCCUGGAUACCAACAAGACUGACAUUAACUCCCAAGAGAUCGAGGAUGAUGUCGACGAUGAUGACGUCGAAGACGAGGGACCCGAGCAGUGCGACGUCACGGAGCACGAUGAUCACUGUGACGGAUUCGGUGAUGACGAAGAAGAGGAAGACGAUGAUUGUAUUGUGACGUCAUCAUUUUCCCUCGGAAGUGCAAGUCCCGGAUUGAACGAGUCCAUGGAUCACGCUCAUAGUAAUACUGCGUUUGCCAGCGGUGUUGCUAAUGAGGAAAUGGUGUCUUCUACGACCACGUAUGAAAACGUUCGAGACAUUGAGCAUCAGAAUGAGCAUUUAAGAAAUUUCCAUGAUCAUCGCAACGGAAAAGACAGUGCAAUGAUAUACUGCUCUGACACUGAAAGUGCGGACGAGAAAGGAGAAAUUACAGAAGCAUCUGGAAAUUACGGCCUGAUGGCCAAUAAUGGAAAUUCGUUGGAUGGACGGUUGCAUCAUGGGGGAUUUCCUUCCUUUCUCAGUGGUGAUUCAAUGCAAGGUGCAUCAUCGCAUCUCUUUGAGCCAGGGGCACCUCAUCGCAGUUCAGCCAAGGUGUCUCGUCCCAGUUCCCUUGGCAUCAUCCCUCAUUACGGUCAACACGUUGGACCGACUUACAUCUCGCCAACACGACCUUACCCCCCUUCCCAAACUCUACUUCUCCCUGGAAGUGAACCUCGCUGCUGUCCCAACGAUUCUUUCCAAGACACAAAUUCAUUAGUAAUCCUACCACCUUCGCAUGCGCAGUUUGUGUCACAACCGCUGUACACAGGUGUAGCAAGAAUCUCUACUGCUGGCCCAGUUUCAGGUCACGUACCGUACUCUUAUGUUACUUCAGCGGGUGGUACUGGACCAUCGUUUGUGAACCCAGGCCUCCCGCAAAGGCAGGUUCUCUCUCGGGGAAGCUGUCCUGCGCCUGUGCAGCCUGGCCUUGCUAUAACAGGCGUAGGUUACCAAGCACCACCCUCGUUUAUGAAUCAAAGGUACCAAACGCCUGUGGUAGGUGCUGUGAAGACUUUUAAUGUUGUGCCCGGCGGUGCUUAUAACGCAUACGGCAGAUAUAUUUUAAAUUCGAGUCCGACGAAACAAAGAGUGUUUUAUCCUUGAUUCAAUACAAAAAAAAGAAAAGACGAAAAGAAAGAAAAAGAAGUUUGUGAUUGUAGCUAAAGAGCAGUGAAAUGUCAUGUUUCUGUUCAGGUACAAAUAGUGUGGGAUAUUGGGAACAAGCAAAUAUUAUAUAAAUGCAAAAAAUCUUACUAGCGGGUUUGAUUUUUAAGUUAUUGAUGUAUGCUGUCAUUGCAUAUAGAUGUGUUUAAUAUUUUAAAACCAAGUGUGCUCAUUAAUUUAUGAUAUUAGAGGGGUGAAGUUCUUGUCGUAGAAAAGUGAAGUAAUAACUACGGCUACAAAGCUGUGAGCUUUUCAAUGUAUACUAGUAUUUUAAAUCAUGCGUCAUUAAGCAAGUCAGUUAUUUAUAUUAUGCACAAGAGGGCAUGUACGUUAAAAUCGAUUUUUCCGCCAAGUGAGUGUAUCUGAAAUUACACGAGUAAUAAGGGUAAGCAUUAAAAAGCCAAAUAUGUUUGCGAUUGUGACCGAAUAGAAAACGUUGAACCUUGAAUUAUGAUUAGAACUCAGACAAUCUUAAAAUAAUUUCAGUAUUUUUCGAGAAGAUUGAUGAUUGCAAUAUAUUUAGAAUUGGGUGAUCAAUUAGCAGAACCAUAUUUCAUGUAUUUUUUUUUUAAAAAAGAACUCGAGCUUGGAAUAUACCUUUAAAUAUGUUUACUGAUUUUAUUGCUUUUGAUUCUCCAAAAAUUUGACUGCCACUGACGAAUUCUGUAUUUCAUCGACGUUCCCGGUGAAGUAAAUUUGUCGGUACUGCAGGUGCAAUUUGUUGUCUCAGUCAUAUAGGACAAUCGAAGUCCAGAAGAAGUGUUGCCCCUAUAGAGUUUUCAAUUGCAAGUUUUGAUUGGUAUAGUGUUUUCAAUUGAUGUUGUUAAAAGGUACAUUUAACUUUUCUGGUGUUGGGAAGCGAUGAAACAAUUUAAGAAUAACGUACAGUACUUUAAUUAUGAAAAAAAUUGUAAGGUACCUUGAUUUUUAAUUGUCAGAUCAGUAUUGGAGCAAGUACUUUGUUCUUCAUAAGAAUUGAAUGUAAUUUGAAGAGUAUGACUGGUCUUGUUUUUAUUGAGGUUACUCGGGUGAUAAAUGUACUCAGGUUUUCACAUGUGUGGGGUGGAAUUAUCAACUAGCUAUUACGAUUCGCGUUGGUCGGUCAUGUUGCAAGAGUCAGAAUAUUACAGUAUUGAUACCAUCCGUAAAUAGUUGGAUAAUUGUUUACCUUUUGCCUUAAACAAAACAGCUUCCUGGCGGUAGUUAUUUUUUCAAAGAAAUUCGCUGAUAUUUUAAGAUAGUAAUUAUUAUAAACGAUACACUGAAGUAUUGUUUCUUCGAUCCUUGUCAAAGCUCAGUGCUUUUAGGAGAAGCUAAACCUUAAACAAUCUUAACACACAUUUUUAUCGAGUAAUGUUUCUAAUGUAGGGAAAGUUGACUCUUAUAGGUUGGGUAUUGAUACAAAAAAAACCUAAUGUUAUUUAUAAACAAUAACUUAAUUAUGUACGCAGAUUCAACCUGAAGGCUCGGUCACAGGGACCUUUGAUUCACUUUUUUCAAUCAGAUAUUGCCUUUUAUAAAUUUUUCUUCCAUUAGGAAGUCUCUUUCCGCCCUGUGACAGAGCUCUUGAGGCGACGAUUUGUGUGCAGCAAGUGUAAAAAGUAUAUUUUAUUCAAUAUUGGAGUCUUGGUACGACCGUUUUAUCAAUGGUGUUCUUUGUAAAUACAGAGCAUUGAUUGAUUUGGAGGCCAUUGGGGAAGGCCGACAAUGUUCAAUAAACUUAUUUUUUAUUGGUGGGAAA